AUGACCAUAGUCUCAAAUGAUCCCAUUUACUGGCCACAUAUCAGUUUCAAUAUUUUUUUGCUGCUGGCAUCGUGGUGGUAUAUGAUUGGUCUUAACACUCGAACAAGAGUGAUCAGCGCCACUGUACAGCUAGCUGCAGCCGCCCACAACACACUCUGGCUCAUUCCAGCUUCUUUCUCUUCUCUCAUCGGCAUGAUCCUGAGAUUCUUGUUGGUGUACUUUUUGUGGCGCUGGCCCGCUGAAGGUACAACAAUUCAGAUGCUGCUAUUUGACCCUAAAGGGUUUCUGGACCAGGCUCAAGGCUCAGAGGAGAGGAAAUAUCAUGAAAAACUGCUGAAGACUACUCUGACUCCUACUGGUAACUGGUGAAAAGAUAACUUGCUUAUGUAAGCUACAAAAGUGCCAACAUGAGGUAAGGUAAAAACAGUCUCUACAAGCCCAGCCAGAAAUGAAUCCCUACA